GAAUACUUUUUAUUGAACCUUUUCCUUUUCAAUUGAAUAGCCAAUCCGCUUUGAGUCCUGUUGCCAGAGUAACGGCCUGGGCCACUGUACAGUAAAACCAAAACACAGCCAGAAACACUUUCACUCUGCUAGUAACCGUUUACAGGGAAAUGAGCUGCAGCUGCGCAAACCAGGUUUGAAAGAAUGAACAGAGAAAAGACCAUCGACCAAGCUCCAACAAAACCCUGCUGAAGCACUGUUUAAACAAACUAGACAAGCCUCUCAGAUCAUUUCAAUCCUGGUUUAGCCAUGAAUACACCACAGACAGCCUUCUGUGAUUGUAUGCGUGUGCGAAGUGCCAAAGUAACGAGAAAGAAAGGCCCUGACAGUGGCCAUGGAAAAGACUCUCCCAGUCCGAGUGUACGGAUGGGAUCUGUCCCUCUUCAUCAAGCUGCCGGUGGAAAUGCACCUCACCAGUGUAUCUCAGCCAGCCCAAGGAUUACGACUGAGCGUCCAAAGUCAAGGCCAAGAUUGAGCCCAGCUACAGGCAGAUGUAUUCCAUCUUCCAGGAGCAAAAGACCAAGUAAAUGGGAACAGAAAGAGAAUGAAGUGGAGACUGUAGAGCUCUCCCCGGGGUACCUCCUGUCGAGGGGAAAAAAUCAUUUCUCUGUCACCCUGAUGGACGAGUUUUUGUCUCGCUCCAGGCCCCAAAUGCCUGAAGAACAUAGAUCACCAGAUAUGAAGGAGCUUAUAAAGGACCUGCAGGAACAGAUCUGCAAGCUGACUGCCCUGCUAGUGGAUGAGCAGAAAGCUCAUCAGCUCACUCGCAAGACGCUCACCAGAGAGGCAGAAGAGAUCACCAUGAAGAUGCUACAGCAGCAUCAGCAUAAAAUCAGCGAGCUCCAAGAAGGCCACAAUGCACAAAUCGACGCCCUACGCGCCACCCUUAAGAGGACCUUGGAGUCAGAGAAGAUCAGCGCAGAAGAGCGAUAUGUGCUCCUGGAGAAAGACUACGAAUUCCUCAAAAGUGCCUUUUGUACAUACAAGGACAGUGUCAUGGAGGAAAUGGAGUCAACGUGGCUCAAAAGAGAGAAUGACUGGAGAGAGAAAAUUGAAAAGGAGGAAACGAUCAGACUUCAACACAACCAGGAGCUGGAGGAGUUGCAGAAGGAGAAGGAAGCGAUGAGGGAACAGUUUGAGAAACAGAUGGCUCAGCUCAUGAAAGAGUACCAACAGAGAACUGAGGCACUGAAUGGGAGCAGAGAGAACAAGGAGACCACAGUGGUGAUUGACACCAGUGUCCCGGGUCAUAUAGCAGAGGAGCUCAAGGCCCUACAAGAUGAAUUGGCUGAAAACAAGACAAGACUCAGCAGUAUGAACACUACCCUCAAACAAGCACAGCGCGAACUGCAAGUUGCGAAAGGUAAGCUGAUAGAAUCUGAACAAAACUAUGAGCAGAGAAUCUCAGAAAUGGAUAACCGAUAUCGGAAUCGAAUCCAUGGCCUGAUGAAUGAAAAUGCUGACUUGGGACGUAGAUUCUUCUUCAAGUGCGAGGAGCUUCUUGAUGAAAGGAGCAAGGCAAAGCACGAGACCUUGGCUAGGGAGGUCAAAGCCAAGGAGAAUAUCAAUUCAGAACUGCAGAGCCAGAAAGGGCAGGGUGAAGAGCCCAGAGACACCUCACAAGAUAAAGCCAGGCCAUUCACAGUACCAUAAAACAGGAAAUACACUCUGCAGAGCAAACAACAGUUAACACUGAAAUAAACUCGGGCAGCUCAUUUCAGCUUGUUGUGACUUUUGUCGUAUUUAUUUAAAGCAGGGCUGCCUAACAGAGGUCACCUUAGCCAUGUAUAGUUCACUGAGCUCCACAAUACAACUCAUUUAAGGAUGUUAAUGAAUACAAGGACAGUCCAGUAAAACAGCUGAUAGCUGUGUAAAAUGUUUAAUACAGAAAUACUGAAUAGGGGGUUUUGACAAGCUACUGUACACCAAUUUAAGGUUACAGUCAAAGUUUUCUUCAUAUUGUUAAAUGUGUUGGAUUUUUUUGCCUCUAAGAGACCACUGGCCAUCAGUUUGGCUCUUUAAAUAAAAAAGUUGGGCAGGUGCUACUGCAAGAUAGUGAGCUACUCUAGGAUUAUUUAACUACUGUACAUUAGGAAUAGCAAACAUAAAGGCAAUACAUAUAAACAUUACAUUGGUACUGACUAUUCUAAAUAUAGAAUACACUCCUAUGUCUCACUAGUUAACAAGGUAGUAUGUAUCGUGUUCUUGCAACAGUUUUUUUUUUUUUUUUUUUAUAUUCUAGUAUGCACAUUGUCUAUAUUAGUGUUUCAAAUAAGCGGUCUUC